AUGCCGGCCGUGAUACUCCUGCCCCGCCUCGCCCGGGAUGUCCCCGACAAGGGCCCCGGUCUGGAGGCCACCACCACCGCUCUCCUCGUGCUCGCCACCUUUUUCGUCUUCCUGCGCUUCGCCGCCCGCUUCAAGCGCGGCCUCACCUACGGCCCCGAUGACUGGCUCAUGGUCGUUGCUCUGCUCUUCUGCUUCGGUGCCGGAGGCAUCAACUAUGGCAUGAUAUACUGGGGCCUGGGCAAACACGCCACCGACUUGGACCCGAACAACAUCGUCAUGGUCCUGAAGCUCCUCGUCGCCUUCGAGUGCGUCUACUGCACCGGCGUCGGCCUCGUCAAGCUCUCGCUGCUGUUCAUGUACGCGCGCAUCUUCCCGCUCAAAGGCUUCCGCAUCGGCGCAUACCUGCUGGGCUUCGUCACCGUCGGCUGGGUCGUCGCCAUCAACUGCGUCAGCAUCUUCCAGUGCCACCCCAUCAAGAAGGCCUGGUACCCGCUGAUGGACGGCUCGUGCAUCAACCUCAAAGCCUCCUUCAUCGGCAACGCAGUGCCCAACAUCCUCACCGACGUCGCCAUCCUCAUCAUGCCCGUCGCCCAGGUCUGGAAGCUGCAGGUCACCAGCGCCCAGCGCGCCUCGCUGGUCUUCAUGUUCCUGCUCGGUGGAUUCGUGCUCUUCGCCAGCAUCUACCGCUUCACGACCAUUAUGCAGUUCCAAACGACAGACACAACCUGGACCCUCGCCACCGCCUGCACCUGGUGUGUCGUCGAAGUAGCCUCGGGGAUCAUCAGUGCCUGCCUACCCACCCUGCGCCCGCUGAUGCGUAUGGUCUCGUCCCAGUUCGGCGGCAGCAGCCGUGGGCGGUCGGGCAUGGGCAACACUGCGUCAGGCAACCCGUCGCGCAACACGGAGCUCAUCACCAUCGGUGGCACGGGCGCCAAGCGCAGCCAGACGGGCGAGCGGCACUUCAAACGGCUGGAGGACUCUUCGGUGACGGCCGUGACGGGCCCGGACAGCGACGACGGCAGCUUGCAAGGGGGCAAGACACACCACCAACACCGGUACGGCAACGAGACAACGGUGAGCCGGAGCUCGCAUUCGAACCACAAGCAGUAUAGCGACGACGGUGAGAUGGUGCACGGCGACGGCUCGAGUGACCAGUUGCCCUUGACCAGCAUCGUUGUCACCAAGGACGUGAGGUGGACGGAACGUAACAACUCGGCCGCGUCCGAAUGGCCGGGCCCAAGCGGCGAAGGCGGCCGACAUCACCAAGGUCAUUAUCCGGGACAGCAUCGGUAA